GGCUGUGGAAGACAUGGGCUUCGGCUGCUGAUGCUGCUGAUGCUGCUGCUGGAGCGGAGGAUCCAGGGCAUGCAUGCUCAUAUCAGAUGAUCAUGAUUUGCUGCCAAGACUUAAGACGCGGAGUCACGGGGGGCAAACUGAGCCCAGUGACAAGAGAGAGAGAUGUAUCCUGUUGUUGAUAGGACCAGGGAGCAAAGGCCUAGCUGGUCCUUGACGGGUCCAAAACAAGGCAGCCAUGGCAAAGAGGGAUUACCUGGUGGAGGCGGCCAAGCAGAUCCGCAUGGCACUGGACAGCGAGGUCAAUGAGGACUACGAGGCAGCUUUCAGUUACUAUAAGAAUGGGGUGGACUUGCUGCUGAAUGGGGUUCAGCUGGAUCCUAACAAAGAUCGCCGGGAAGCUGUGAAGAGGAAGACGACCCAGUAUCUGAAGAGAGCGGAAGAAAUCUUCAUAACACAUCUGCAGGAUAACCUCGGAAAAGGGAGCUCUCAUCUAGGGGGUUACAGCAGUCUGAGAUUCCGUCCUAUCAGACACUUGAGUUCGCCCGUGGAGGAUCUGGAGAUGUGUAAGGUGAUCGGAGUGACCGAUAAGGUCCUGAUUGUCCAAAGUAUGGUGAAUAAGGAGACAUUUGUUGUAAAGAGUCUGGUCAAGUCGAGCUGGGAGAGCAGGGAUCAGCCCACCAUCAUUCCUCAGGGGGUGCCCUACAUGGUGAAGCUGCUGAGAUAUUACGUCAGCGAGGACGCCGUGUACCUGCAUCUUGAGCAUGUCAAAGGUGGGAGGCUCUUCUCCAAGCUGCACAAGCUGAGGAACGAGAAGGCCAAGGAACACCCAGAAUGUCUCACCUCUGGCCAGCACAGCAUCAAGCUGAAGACCAGCUACACCUCUCCCACCAUCAGCACAGACUACCAGCACAACACCAAAGGAGGCACUGGGGGGAUUCCUGAGAAAAUAACCGAUGAAAGCCCCGAUAUGGACUUCCCCUCUUCAUGGGAUGAGACCCAGCAGCGUCUGGAGAGCUGCGGGACUCACUCCUACAUCGAGGAGACGGGCUGUCUGCAGAACACACGCUCCACGGCAUCAUUUUACAGACAGCUCGAUCGAAUGAGUCUGAAUUCGUGCCCCCCGAGGACACAGGCCAACGCUCGCAUCCAUCCACCAGCUCCUAGCUUGUGUUUGCAUUCCAGUGAAACUCAGGAAAACCCUCCUCUUCCUCUCUCUUGUUCCCGCAUCAGUCAAGCUCUUGGUGUCAUGUCAGAGCUCCAUGAAAAGAAAGCUGCGAUGGGACUGACAGAGUGCAGCUCAGAGUUUGAAGUGGCCUGGAAAGCUGCGGAUCCAGCGCACAACUGUGACAAAAUAAACCCCUAUGCAGUGACCGACAGCGGUUUACGCGGCACACCCGAACAAACUGCACCUCAUACAAAUCAGACCUCGUUUGGAAAAGCAGGACCGCCAAAUAGUGGAAACAACGGUUUGAGUUCUUCCCCUGCCAUUUUGCAUCUUCCUCUACAUUGCCAAACCCAGAUCCGUGGCAGGGCACCAUGGGACACCAAUGGCUCUUACCAGGGAUCGGUUUCAAGUGCUAACUCUGCAGACAUAGUAACAGACUCAAAUCAAGACAGCAGCAGUCCCACUACAGAGGAAACAAACGGCAUGGUAGUGGUCAGGAGCACAGACAGAGCAGUGUUUUCUGAGCACACAGACACAAAAAUCAACUCAGAAAGCUCCCGGCCCUGUUCUGCCUCACUCCACCGCAGCACGGCAGGAAAACAGGGGACAUUGUCAAGGGUGCCCCUGACCCUCUCAGGGGUGAAAUACAGAGGGGAAACAUUUCCCGGUGAGGUAAGAGAGGGAGUAGAGGAAGCCUGUGAAAUGUUGAGUCCUGGAGGGAAGGCGGCGCCUGCGAAGGAGGGAUCAUUUGUGGGCUGGUUUUCCUCCGGCCCUCCCGGAUCCCCAUCCCUCCGUAGGGAAGACGACAAGGACGCUUUCCUCAAAUCAGAAGAUUUGGAGGGGAAGGAAGAAGACCAGAUCAUUGAGGUGGAUGGCUGGUGCCACCUGCCCCGGAUCCAGGUCAAGUCCUCCCGGCCUACAGGUCAGGCCAUGCGGACCUGCUGGGGGCUUCCCGAAGCAGAGGUGCGUGUCUGGGGGGCACAGAUCCUGUUGGCCCUGGAGAGUCUGCAUCAGCAGGGCAUCCUGUGCCGGGAUCUCAACCCGAGAAAUGUUCUGGUCACCAGCAACGGAAAGGUGUGUUUGACGUUUUUCGGUCAGUGGAGCGAGAUCCAGUCAGAGAUUGGUUCCAAAGCCAUGGAACAGAUGUACUGUGCUCCAGAAAUCGGCGGGGUGUCCAGGGUCACAGAGGCUUGUGAUUGGUGGAGUCUCGGGGCCUUGUUGUUUGAACUUCUAACAGGAAUGCCACUGUGGCAGCUCCACCCAGCAGGGAUCCACUCACACACCCAGCUGCUCAUCCCCGACCACCUGAGCACCGCAGCUGCAUCUCUGCUCACCGAGUUGCUUCAGUUCGAUGCUGGCUAUCGCUUGGGCUCUGGAGGCGGAGGUGUGAGCGACAUCAAGUGCCAUCCCUUCUUCAGCAGCGUCUCCUGGAAAGCUCUAAGCUGCUAGCAGGUGUGGUCGCUGCACCUGUGAGCUCCACCUGAAGGGAAGAUGGAUGCACGACUCCAAGCGUCCCAGUGUUGCCAGAUUGGAUGAAGCACCAUGAUCCUGCUCUCCUCUGCAAUUUGUGUUUCCCAGAAGAAAUUUAAAAAAGACAUCAACAACUAUCAACGCAGGUCCCUUACAAAACAUUAUACAAAUUCAUUUAUUAUUCUAAACUCCCAAGACUCCAGUCUCAAUUAAAGGUUUCAUUUUAUUUCGUAGUACUUACAGUAAUGAAUGACCAUGUUAACUUCACUCGCAAUGAGCAUGAAAACUGAUGCCGCCACCUAACCAUGAAUUCUGACAAUUAGUAUAUUUUUGGACCGUCAAAUAUUGUGGAAAAACAGAGAUAUUGGCAAUAAAAGGUUCAUUGUAUAUCCCUGA